GGCCAACCCACCCCAACCAUGAGAAAGAAAAACUCCAGCCACCUCUCACCAUUGUUGAAGGAAGCUCCAACGAGAAGGAAGGUCCAGAAAAAAGUUUAAGUUCCAAAAGUGUACAAAGCUUGAGGAAAGGCUUGUUUCAGGUAGAACUUGAAGGUUGCUACUAUCGCCCAUUUGCUUCGGGAAGAUCGAGGAGAGAAGAUGUGGUUCGUGCAUCCUUCAUUUCUGUUUUAAAAACAAUUAUAUUAAUGCUCAUGGAUAAUGUUUCUCUCAAUAAUUAUUUGGGGGCUUGUACACCCAUAUUUGCCAAAUGUGGCUUGAACACUUGUUAUGUUACUUCCGCUGCUUUAAAUAAUAUUUUACAUUAUGUUUGUUUAUGGAUGUACUAUGUGUGAAUGAUAUUCCAGACGCCUUGUAUAGUAUGGAUGUGUUGGACUGCGAUUGACUAUUCGUACUGUACGGCGGAUUGUUGACGUGUCCUGGUAGGUCCGAGGCGUGACAGGUCUAUACCAUGAAAUCUAUACCAUGAAAAAAGGAUUCAAUAGCUUCCAUUAAAAGAUUCUUCUACUUUUAUAUGCUCCCCGGCCUCUUUUAUCGACUUGUGUUUUUUGUGUGUGAAAGAUAUCGACUUGUGCUGCUAUGCGUAGCUUUUUGUUGUUGUUUUAAUUUUCAAUAUCUUAAUUAUUGAUUUUACUCUUCUAUUUUGUUUUUGUUUUUAAGAAUUCCUGGAUCGCGUAUAAGAGAAUUGAAUAUACUUAGGUUUGAAACUUUGAAUGGUGUUUUUGUUUAUUAUUUCGGAUUUAGGAUGGAUUUUAGCCCUUAAAUUACGCAUGUAUGACAUAAGAUCGAGUGUCAUGCACGUACAACAUACGUAUAGUAGUAUAUUUCAAUUAAACUGCAGCAAUGAUGUAUUGUAGAAUCACGUACGUACUCGGAACAUUAUAGGGGAUGAGUACC